CAGCUCCAUCCAGCCAAACCAACCUCUAUCCUAGCUCAGUGCUUCUAAGUCCACCUGAAUUUUCGACAUGAAGUUUUUCGUGGCUACCCUUGUGGCUCUGAUGGCUUGUGUCGCCUUUGCCGAAGAGGUGGCCAAGAAAGAUGAGAAUAAAGAUGUCGAAGCGCGUGGCGGAGUGCUCGGUGGCCUCGGCGGAGUGGGCUACGGUACAGGUCUAGGUACUGGUCUCGGCACAGGCUUCGGGGGCAGUGGUCUCAGUGGUGUAGGCCUUGGAGGUCUUGGAGGUCUCGGAGGCCUUGGAGGCGCGGGUCUUGGCGGUGCUGGUAUUGUUGGUCCUGGCCUCGUGGGUGGUGGUUUGGGCCAAGGUUUCGGACAGGGAUUCCAAUCAGGCUUCGGCUCCUCUGCCGGAGGUCACCAGGGUGGAUUCCAGGGUGGUGCCGGAGGGCACAACUUGGGAGCCACUGGAUUCGCUGGUGGUGCCGCUGGCAGCAAGGUCAACUCUUACAACGACAACCGGGGUUAUAGCCACACCUCCAGCUUCUCCUCCAGCGACGGCAAGACCUUCGGCACUGGCAACAAGCAGGGAUCUUCUGGAUUCCAGGGAGGUGCAGGCGGCCACCAGGCUGGUUUCGGACAGAGUGGCUUCGGUUCAGCGGGAGGUGUCUCAGGUGGUGGCCUCGGCAUCCACGGCUAGACAGCUGAUGUACACUUGACAUCGAGCGUCGAUGUGCUUUGCUAACGCGAUUGGACUUAGACGGAAUCUUCGGAGAUUGUUAAAACAAAUCUUUCAGUCUCAAAAUUGUAAUUGUUACAGUUGUUUUCGCAAUCACGUUUUCCGCAGAGCUUCUUGAAAAUUGGGCAAUAUACUGCUAUUUUUGUUUGCACUGAAUAAAAUUGCAAAGAAAAUUUA